GACAGACUGUAUCUUAUCUCAUAAUAUGGGUGCACCACAAUUUGUUCAUUCCUAUAAGAAGCCUGUGAUCUAAUCAGUUAAACAUUUCUUUGAGAACGCGUUAUCAACGAAUUCGCCACAAAAUGACGUUUCUUGCAGUGUUUGCAGCCGCUACAUUACUUUCUUUAGCUCAUGGUGAGACGAACUGUGCCGCCCUGCCUGACGGCCACUACAGUAUCGGCUGCAAGGUAUACGACGUGUGCACGAACCACGUACUUACCACCGUCGAGUGCCCCAUCAACAAAGUGUACAACAACGUCACCAAACAGUGCGACUAUCAGAACCACGUGGCGCCACCAUGCGGGUUGGUGAGGGACUGCACACACAAGGCUGACGGAAGUUACGUCGACCUGACCCUGAACUGUACCUCCUACUACACAUGUAGCCACCACGUGUAUUUUGGGCACAACUUCUGCACGCCCGGUACAGUGUUCGACGAGACAUUAGGUACCUGUGUCUGGCCAGUAGAUGCCAAACCGCCAUGCGGGACCAAAACGCCUUAACUGACCAGCAACAUGCCAGCAUAGAUAAAAUCAUAAUUAACAGCAAGAAAUUUUAAUAUAAAUGUACCAUUUUUAAUGUAUGCCUUUUUCUUGGACUCACAAAAAACUACAAACGAUUGGCUAUUAAUGUGUUAUUUAUUCUAAGAAUUUAAGAAAUGUUGAGCAUACAUAUUGAAGUUUUUUCUUGCUGUUGCGUCCAUUUUAAUUUUGCUACUGUGUUUUCAAGUUCUUUAAAAAAAUAUUAUUGGCUGGUAUCACUUAAUGAUUGUUGUUCAAUAAAACACUAAAUUAAAAAUA